GAAUAUCAACUUCGAGCACUCCCGUCGACAUACCAGCGCCCACCACAUAACCCUUCAAUUCGACCAUCGUCCAAUUGAAUCACACGAAUGUCCGAGCGUGGAGCUUUCAGAGGCCGAGGCGGCGGCGGUCGCGGUGACCGUGGAGGACGAGGCGGAAGAGGUGGCGGGGGAGGAGGUGGUGGUCACGGCCACGGCCAUGGCCACAGGGGAGAGCACCACGGCGGCGGAGGCGGUGGGGGAGGAAAUGACAAGCAGCAAGAGCGCCCGAAGAAGGAGAACAUCCUCGACUUGGGCAAAUACAUGGACAAGCAGAUCAGCGUCAAGUUCAGCGGUGGUCGCGAGAUCAUCGGCACACUGAAAGGCUACGACCAACUCAUGAACCUCGUCCUCGAUGAGGUCAAAGAAGCAAUGACAGACGAAGAAGGCAACGUCCAGUGGCGCAAGCUCGGCCUCAUCGUCGCGCGAGGAACACUCCUCGUCGUCAUUUCCCCCGUCGACGGCAGCGAGGAGAUCGCAAAUCCCUUCCUACAAGAGGAGGAAUGAGGAGGUCCUGUUUUAGCGACGCAUACGACCUGAUUUACGACUGCAACGCGCAAGGCUGGGGAAGAGGAUGGGGACUUGGGCCGGGGGAUUCUGCGAAGUGACUUCAACCGACGCGGGGGAAUCAAAUCAGCUUUCCCGGAUUCUUUCGAAAAGGGUGGCAUUCAGUGUUCCCUAAGCGUUUUGCAGGAGUUUUCCCCGAACCGAAGUAAGAGAGAAAGACAAAAAAAGCGAUACCCCGUGGGUUGUAAUCUUCGCGGCCGAUGAUCUAUACACACAUUGUCGUCAUCAUGAUCAUUUGGGGAAAGGACGAAAUGAGUACCUAUUGACUUAUUGAAUAAUGACAUAAUCCCC